GAUUCUUCACCUGGAGCUCACCUUCACCCAGGAUUAUCCGAUGCGACCUCCCCGUGUACACGUGCUGGGAAGCACAGUGCAGCAUCCUAACGUGUUCUCCACUUUCAUCUGCCUGGAUAUGCUGGAAGGCGGUGAGUGGGCCGCAGAUGAGGAGAAGCGCAAGCCGUACAUGGGCUGGAGCAGUGCCUACAGUGUGCUGGCCAUUCUUCGUCAGUUGCAGACCUUCUUCUUCGAAGGCGAUGGUUCGGAAUGGUGGAAGUGUCCCAGGUGCACUCUCCACAACCAGAAGAAGAACCGGCGUUGCGAGCUUUGUGAUCACCCACGCGGGCAGGCCAUUGAAAUCAUGGUUGAUCACCAUGAGGGCUUCAAAUGCCGAUGCGGACAUCGACCGUCUGGUCCUCACCACCCGGCUUUUCCGGAGGAUAGGCCCCGACGAGGACGUGAUAGGUAUCGGCGUAUGCGCACAGGGUCGCGGGCGACUCGCCAAGCUGACAGCUUUCUUCGACGCGGUGUCGCAAACCGCAUGGGAAGGAGGCUUGCGUCGAGCAGCGUGGAAGGAGCCCCUCACGCACUGGCUGCCGUUGUUCGUGCACGCGCAGCAUGCGCUGUCGGCUGCUCCCCUCUUGGCAGACUGCCUCCACCAGCUUGCUGAUGCUUGCCCACAGGGAGAAGAUUCGCAUCUCCCGGCACCGGUCUUCAGACUCCUUCGGGCAAAGGAGGCUCCGCAGAUGGCCGUGGAUGCCAUCGUGGCCCUGCCGGAGAUCAUGCAUCAGCUUCUGAAGCAGGUCCUCUACGGCGAUCGCCAUGCUUCCCUGAAGCUCUUGAAAGGCUAUUUCGUGAUGCACCGCCUGUUCUUGCACUGCUGCGACCGAUGGCCCGUGGUGCGGGAAGCUGCAGACUUGGCGUUGGAGGAGUUCAUCGGCUCGGACAGAGGCUGCACGAAGCAGGCUACCCCGUGGCUUGCCUACAUCCUGCAGCUGCUGACCAUCUCGAACAUCGGUUGGGAUCGCAUGAAGGACACCUUUCUGAAGGAAGCCUUGGCAAGAGAGGUGCAGUUCAUCCUUCCGAAAUACCCGAGCUAUCGCCCCACUCUCCCGGGGCAAGAAGCCUCGACAGUCGAGAGCCCCGCGAGCGAAUGGAGAGCGGCAGAUGGAGUUCCGGGAAGCGAUCGACAGGCUCCGACGAAAGCCGCGACGGAGCUGGCUCCGAGCACUUGGCGUGGUGCCGACCGUGGCUGGACCUGCUUGUCAGGUGGGCUCCGUACCGAAGGUGUCCAUGCCUUCUCCGUCCGCGUGCGCCGCCUACCUCCCGGGAGUGCAGUCCGGGUCGGCUGGGUGGGCGAGGAGGGAGAUGAGCUCGUGGGAGCAACAAGUCGCGGCUGGGGCCACCACGCCUCCUCAUCUUGCUUCGGUCAGUACGGCUGGAAGAUGCACAACG